CAUGAAUCUUAGACCUUAGCUCACAAAAAAGGCCACAGUUGUUUCAAAACCUGAAACCAAAACAAAAUGGCGGUUUUUGGAUAUGAAAUGGAUGAACAUAGAGCUUCUUCAUCGAGACGACGAAGAUCUUUGUACCACAAUCUAGGAGGAGGACGAUUUGCUGAUAUAAUGUUCUGGAAGAACAAGAAAGAAUCAGGAACAAUCUUGGGGGUAUUCACAUUGAUAUGGUUCUUGUUCGAAGUGGUUGAAUAUCCUUUCAUCACUUUCCUCUGCCAGAUCCUCUUACUAUUCAUUUUCAUAUUCCUCAUUUGGUCUUACAUUGGCUCCUCACAACUAAUCCAGAGUAAACCUCCGAGUAUUAAUGAUCUAAGGAUUUCGGAAUCGAAUUGGAGAUUCUUGUUCAACAAGAUAAACUGGUUCAUCAUCAAAUUGUAUGAUAUUUCAAGUGGCAAAGACUUCAGACUCCUUUUUCUGGCCGUUGUUUCCCUAUGGAUAUUAUCAGUGGUUGGAAACUAUUUCAGCUCUCUAACUCUAUUAUACAUCGUAUUUGUGGGUUUGGAGACAAUACCGAUGUUGUAUGAGCAAUACGAAGAAGAGCUGACUUAUGCAGCAAGUAAAAGUGGGAGGGACAUGAAGAAGCUCCUAAACAAAUUCAACUCCAAAGUCAUUAACAAGAUCCCUAAAGCUCAAGCUAAAACUAGAAGGACUAUGUAACUUUUAUGUAUAUCAAUCUUCCAAAUCUGCACAUAUUGUUACACAUUAUUAAAACUUAAAAUAAGUCUUUGUUCAUGUAAUCAUGAUUGUUCAUCAAGGAAUUCAGGAUUCAAUGGGUAUUGAUCAUUAGAUUUUCGUUCUUUAUUGAAGGUGACUCGUUGUGAUUAGAAUAGUCUUUUCUAAAAUAUGUUAUUACUGGCUAUCACUAUUUUAAG